AUGCCCGAUUCUCUCGCUCUUCAGGCGGUUUACACCGCUCCUGGUGCCACCCAGACUUUCCAACACGCCAUUCCCACUUCCAAUGCCGACCCAUUCGCUGCCAAACAGGCCCACCUCACAUCUCUGCAGACUCUCGUCCCGCAGCUGCAAGACCAAGUCAAUGUCUUCCUGACCGCACGAAUGGAAGAAGACAAGGGCAAAAUCUCAGAGAAGGAAGCCAAGGAAGAGGCAAACUACGGCGAGGAGGUAGUUGAGGAUGAUGCAUGA